CUGUCACGUGACUCGGAUCAGCGAAUCACCAGCCAUGUCGUGUCUUUCGCAAAAAUUGCAUUUCCGGUUCUAAAUAUAUCAUUAUUUAUCAAAUCAUCUGUCAUAAUACAGACGAGAGUUUGAACAAGACAGGAAGUAAAAAUAGGAUAUUGUUUGACUGGUAAACUGCAAUGAAGUGUGAGAAUCUUGUCUUACUGACUGCUCUUUGUGGCAUUUGGACUGUGAACUUGUCCUCAGCCAAAAAGGAUUUGUAUGAAAUAUUGGGUGUAAAGAAAACUGCUACUGACAAGCAAAUUAAGCGAGCCUUCAGGAAAUUAGCUGUUAAAUAUCAUCCUGAUAAAAACAAGGAAAAGGAUGCAGAGGCCAAAUUUUUAGACAUUGCUAAAGCAUAUGAAACCUUAAGUGACCCAGAGAAGAGGAAGCGAUACGAUCAGUUUGGGGAUGAGUCAGAUAAGCCCCAGGGUGGAGGAGGUGGCCAUGGACAGCCAUUCACAUUCAACAUGAAUGACUUUUUCCAGGGAUUCGAUGAGGCGUUCAAUGCACAUCAGCACGGACACCACCAGCAUCAAGAGGGAUUCACGUUCCACUUCGGCGGCAACAGAAAUGGAAACAAGGGCAACACCAGAUUUUUCAACUUCGACGAUUUGUUCGAAGAUGAUGAUGAUGACGAUGGUGACUUCUUCUCCUUUGGAGGCAGUCCUUUUGGUAGUCAUGAUAUGAAUUUCUUUGGAGAUGACGGAGAGGAUAUGUUCGGACAUGCAGGUCAUCAUCAUCGUCAUCAUUAUGAUAGGGCCCAUAACCACAACCACAAUGCCCAACACACCCACCACCGAAACCUACAUAACAAUAUGCAUAACAAUAUGCGUCACAUGCAUCAGAACAUGCAUGGCAACUUUGGUAACAUGCAUAUGCAUUCCUCUGGCUUUCACAGUACAGGAGGAAGAACUUGCCGCACUGUGACUCAGCGUGUGGGUAACAUGGUGACCACCCACACGGAGUGUUCCUAGUGAGACCUGGGACAAGUCUUGCUUUAUUUUACUGUGAUAUUAUGUGACCCUCUGGUGCUUGGAUCAUCCUUGUUUUCAGCAGGUGGUUGUCAUUCAUGAACAUUAAUUACCCCACUGUUGACCCCUCUGCUCUUUCAAUGUACAGUGUGAAGUACAGGGGUGGAUCCUUCGGUGGUGACUGUGGUGUUUCUUCAGACACAAGAACUUACAUUGCAUAUAUAAAGUGACGUUACAAAAAGAAAGUGCUGUAAGAAAGAAAAACUUCCCUAUUAUUAACCUGUAACAUUACGAUUGUUGAUAUUAUGAUAAUUUCUUGUCCGUAGGUUAUAGAGAUAACUGAAAUAAUGUUAAAGUUAUUGUAUUUGUGAUUUGCAUAUUUUGUAUGCAUGUAAUAUUUGUUCAAGAAGGAAAAUGUCUGUGGAUUGAUUAUGAGAGGACCCACAAUUUUUUCAUUAUUUGCUCAGAGAGAUUUUUCCUUAAAACCAUUCUAGUAAAUCCCAGUUGUGUUCAUCAUGUUGAAUGUUUAAAGGUUAGAUAUUGGUUAUGUACAAAUGUGUCAAUCAUACAAGCUUGGCUUUUGUUUGAUUUCCGCUUUAGUAAAGCUAGAUACAUGAAUGAAUGUUUGGGUGAUUUCACAUAAUGCAGGAGUCAAUUAACCUAUUAAGAGUGUGUGUAUAUAAAAAUAUGUAAAUGAUAAAAAUAUGAUUAUGUAAAUUUGUUAAAGUGUGUGAUUUUAAGUUAUUUAGUGUGACAACAGAAUGUAACUCUUU